AUGGAAAGCACAUCAGACGACAGCAUGAGCCCCAGCUCGGGGUUCCAGGAAUUCGAGGAGGAAGUCCCCCGCGUCCAGAACGAGCUGGUGUGGUCCAAAGCCAAACGCCAGGCGUCUUUUCAGCUUUCGCUCUUCAAACACAAACACCUGAAGCACGCCCAUUUGCUACGAAGGACGCCUGUUUUGGCCAAGGACACCGACGGCGGCGACUUCCCCGACUUUUCCCACGACAAUGCCGAGCGGUUGUCCCGCAAAAACUUGGCGUCGUCCCGGGACUUUCCCUUUGAAGUCGGAUGCCGCGUUCCCGAUACCGACGCUCCGCGGGCAAACGCCUCGUUUGUCAUGCUAGCGAGAAACUCCGAAGUCGACGAUGUGGUGAGUUCCAUGAAGUCGAUGGAAAGACACUUCAACCAGUGGUUCAACUACCCGUGGGUGUUCUUGAAUGACGUGGAAUUUGACGAGCACUUCAAGGAAGAGGUGCGCAAGCACACAAAAGCAGACGUGGAGUUUGGCCUCGUGCAGCCCGAGCACUGGAACUUCCCUGCCGACAUCGACCGCGAGGAGCUCGACGAGUGGAUCGAGAGCCAGGGCGACCGCACAAUCAUGUACGGAAACAUGGAGUCCUACCACAAGAUGUGCCGGUUCUACUCGGGCCAUUUCUACGACCACCCGCUCGUGCGCAAGCGCGAGUGGUACUGGCGCGUCGAGCCGGACGUGAAGUUCUUUUGUGACUUGACCUAUGAUCCGUUCAUUGAAAUGGAGAAGAACAACAAGAAGUACGGCUUCACCGUGACCAUCAAGGAGCUCUACUACACCGCACCCUCUUUGUUCAAGGCGACCAAGGCGUUCAUCAAGGAGAACAACAUCAAGGUGCAGUCCGCCUGGGACAUUGUCGCCAAAAAGUACCCGACCUUGAGCGGCAAGAACGCCGACCAGUACGAGUCGUGGGAGGACCGCGCGGACUUGUAUAAGCAGGUGGAGGACAACGUCAACCUCCGCCGGUUGCUAGAAAAAAAAAACAAGACGAACAAGGACCUCGAGAGCAUCAAGGAGUUCCAGAACGUCCGCAACAUAUUCGAGAAGGCGACGCAAAAGCCGCAGUUGUUCGAGGACAGGGACUAUGACGAGGAAUACAACUUGUGCCACUUCUGGACCAACUUUGAGAUUGCCAAGACCGAGGUUUUUCUCUCCCAGACAUACCAGGACUACUUCAAGUACUUGGAGCAAUCGGGGGGCUUCUACAAAGAGAGAUGGGGCGACGCGCCGGUGCAUUCCAUAGCCGUGGCCAUGAUGCUUCCAAGCGAGCAAUUGCAUUAUUUCCGGGACAUUGGCUACAUGCACUCGACGUUGGGCCAUUGCCCCGGAAACGCCCCGGGUAAACAGCUCCCCUACCAAUCCAAUGGAUACGAGGAAGACGCACUACCAUGGCACAAGACUUUUGUGGGUGACGGUCCGGACGAGCCGGUGCGCAACGGCGUUGGCUGCCGGUGCGAGUGCCCGCUUUUGACCCGUGAGCUCGAGAAUAGAAACUCCGUGUGCCUCAAGAACUUCGUCAAAGUCUUGUCCGACGGGUACAAGCCACAGGAGCCCAUCGACGUGGAUAAACUAGAAAGGGUGGCCGAGCGGAAGCUCACGAGGCAACUCCAGAAAGGAGGACGGAUUGGCCUGGACAAUUGA